UGACGUCACGAGUUGCAAAUCGCCGAUCCUAGUGUUAUUUACAUUGACUAUCAAUUAAAGACAUGUGUUCAUUUAUAUUUUCAAAAACGUUAAACUCAGAUUUGGUUGCUGUAUUUUAAGGAACUCUGGGAAUUGUAGUACGUGGGUGGUGUCCACCCACUCUAGCUCGACAUGUGCAGCUAGCAACAUUCUGUGCUAACCUGGCUACCAUUUUCCACUACUCAGUACAAAUUGGAAAGUAUGUCGUUUUGUUUUAAUUUCAACGUGGAUGGAAACCCAGACGGCGUGGACGGGAAUAUAUCGCUCAACUAUAAGACCGAAUGUGCUACGAAACCGUUGGAGGAAAGUGUCAGCCGAAGAGAGCCAGUAAAAGAGGCCAAGGAACACUUCCCACCCUCUGACCCCCAGCACCUACUCGACGAUGCCGUCUUCGAAACCGUCUCCAUCGGUGCUCUCCCUCCCCUUCACUUCCUCAACGAGACCGUUUUUGAAAGGACCACCUCUGAGAGAGAGGACGCGGAGAACGUUCUGUCCCGCACGGCCGAGCAGAGGUCCGACCUCAUCCCGGGGGUUUACGAGGGAGGGCUGAAGGUGUGGGAGUGCACCUAUGAUCUCCUGGAGGUGAUCGACAGGGAAGGGGAGACAUUCGGCGACAAGGCGGUCUUGGAUUUGGGCUGUGGGGCGGGGCUCUUGGGGAUAUUGUCUUUGAAAAGAGGAGCCAGGGAAAUCCACUUCCAGGACUACAACAGUACCGUCAUUGAGCAGCUGACUAUGUCAAAUGUCAUUCUAAACUGCCAAGAUGAUGACUGUGACCUAACUGAGACAAAAUAUGCUACUCCGCCUCCCAAAAGAAGAGCUUUAGAGGCUCCAUCCCAGCACCUGCUACUAUCCAGGUGUAAAUUCUUCUCCGGGGACUGGCGCUCAUUUAUUACUUUGGCCUCAAGUCAGGAGCCGCCGUUGAAAUACGACAUCAUAAUGACAUCAGAGACCAUAUACAACACUGCUUACUACCCAGCGCUUCACGACGCCUUCCACAAACUGCUGGCGCCUCGCGGACUCGUCUACCUGGCCACCAAGUCCCACUACUUUGGAGUGGGCGGCGGCCUGCACCUGUUUGAGACUUUUGUGGCGGAAAGGGGCGUUUUCUCUCUGGAUCACCUGUGGGAUGGCGAAGACGGUCUUCAGAGACAUGUUGUAGUUUUGCGUUUUAAUAAAAAAGCAGACUAGUCUUUUAAAAGUGGGUUUGAACUUGGGGGUGCUCAAUAAAGCUUACGUCAUCUUUACAAUAUCAAAAUCAGUACAGACUUACAGUAUUAUUAUAAUACAAACCCCGUUUCCAUAUGAGUUGGGAAAUUGUGUUAGAAGUAAAUAUAAACGGAAUACGAUGAUUUGCAAAUCAUUUUCAACCCAUAUUCAGUUGAAUAUGCUACAAAGAGUGUUUGGGGUUGGCGAUAUCGCAAAUUUGGGUAUCGAUACCGAUCCGAUACCAGCAAGUAUCACCGAUACCGGAAGUGACGUCAUCUGAUGGGGGGACUUCGGGGCAGAGGUGGGUAGUAACGCGCUACAUUUACUCCGUUACAUCUACUUGAGUAACUUUUGGGAUAAAUUGUACUUCUAAGAGUAGUUUUUAUGCAACAUACUUUUACUUUUACUUGAGUAUAUUUAUAGAGAAGAAACGCUACUUUUACUCCGCUCCAUUUAUCUGCAAUCAGGUCGCUACUUUUUUUUAUCAAUCUGUUAAUGCACGCUUUGUUUGUUUUGAUUUUGUCAGACACGCAUUCAAAGUAAGAACUACGCAUGCCUGCGUUUCACCAAUCACAUGCAGUCACUGGUGACGUUGGACCAAUCAAACAGAGCCAGGUGGUCACGUGACCGUCACACGUAGAACCCGACAUGUUGAAAAACGUAUUGGGGUGUUACCAUUUAGUGGUCAAUUGUACGGAAUAUGUACUGUACUGUGCAAUCUACUAAUAAAAGUUUCAAUCUAUCAAUGAAUCAAUCAAAAGUGUAAACGAAAAAAGACACUUUUUAUUUCAACCGUACUUCCCGUCAAAAGCCUAAAGACUGAUCGCACAGUUCCUGUCUUCACAAUAAAAGCGCCGCUCCAUCGCACCUGCGUUAACAAAAUAAGAGUUUGCCGCCAAUGAAUUUCUUGUAAAGUGUAUAAAAACGAAUAUGGAAGCUGGACAAAUAAGAUGCCAAAAACCAACGACUUUCAUGAUGUAUUAGACAGGAAGGAGGAACAUUUUUUCUCCGCCAUUUGAAAACCGGGACGUUAUCAGCACUACUGUCAGGUAAUACACCAACUUAUAUUUUUGUCUUCAUUAAAGAUAGGAAUCUAUGUGUUAAACAUGCAUGUAUAUUCAUUAAAAAACCUUUAACAUGUGAACAAAAACGGCAAAAUAAAUAAAUAUAAAUGAUAUACUGUAUCUAUAAAGGUAUGUAUAUAUAUAUGUGUGUGUAUGUAUAUAUGAGGUCGAUCACCUCGACUUGGUCAUUUAUUAAGUAAUUGAUAAACGUUGAAAAUCUUAUUGGGGUGUUACCAUUUAGUGGUCAAUUGUACGGAAUAUGUACUGUACUGUGCAAUCUACUAAUAAAAGUUUCAAUCAAUCAA